AUGUCAGAUCAGAGACCACACGAUGGUAAAUUAUUUGAAAAUGUGCCGCUCAAAGUUUGCAACAGCGUGGCUAAAUGUGCCGAGAAGUUCGGAAUCGUCGGUAAAUAUGGGAGCCAUGAUGGCUCCUGCCCCAGGAUAAUGGUGAAGAAAAUUGGGAUCAGCCAGCACACCAAGUAUACUUGCUCCUUCUGCUGCGAAGCUGAGAUGAAAAGACGAGCUGUGGGGAUCUGGCCCUGUGGCUCCUGCAUGACAAGAGUGGCUGGUGCUGCCUGGACCUACCACCCCACUUCCGCCCUCACAGUGAAGUCGGCUCUCAGAAGACUGAAGGAAUCAAAAGACCAGUAG